AAUAAAGAAGAUUUGUGAGCCUCUCAUUUAGUGGGAGUUAGUUAUAUUGGCAAGGAGAAAAGAAGGGAGGGAACUCAAAAAGAAAACUCUCUAAUCUAAUCCUCUUUCUCCAUCCCCGCCGGAGACGCAGCACAAAUCUCCCUGACAAACUUAUAAUUACAAUAUGCAGAAUGAAAUGACAUCCUUUACCACCCCCAAUAAUAAUAAUAACAUUCCUAUUCACCAAACUCCUCAUACAUUCAUCACUGAUCACAACAACCUCAAUCAUAAUAAGUACACUAAACGCGUUCAUAACAAUAACAACGACAACAAGAAAGUCCUUCUUCGUGUCAGUGGGGCAGGCCAAGCUUGUGCUGCGUGCAAAUACCAACGUCGAAAGUGUGCCCCUGACUGCGUUCUUGCCCCUUAUUUUCCACACGAUCGCCAACGACAGUUCCUAAACGCCCAUAAAUUGUUUGGUGUCAGCAAUAUCACCAAGACCAUUCGCCCCCUUGAUCAACCUUUCAAAGACGAGGCAAUGCGGACCAUCAUCUUUCAAUCUGACGUUCGCGCAAAUGACCCUGUUGGUGGUUGUUACCGUAUCAUCAGAGACCUGCAACGCCACAUUGAUUAUUGCAAAGCCGAGCUGGAUAUCGUUCUUCAUCAACUCGCCUAUUGCAGGGCACAGGCUGUUGCUGCAUCUGAACAACAACAGAUAUUAACAGAUCAUCAUGCAGCUGAGGAAUCAUUCAAUGAUAAUAAUUGUGAUGGUGUUGUGAAUCAAGCGGAUGCUUUGGUGAACAACAACAAUAAUGCAUCUUCGUAUGAUCAACAGCCAAUAGAUCAGUACCAUCCUCAUGAUAGUUAUUAUAAUCAUCCUCGUUGUAAUCAGCAAGCGGAAGAUGAUCAACAAUAUGAUGAUAUUCAAGAUGGCCAAUUAGAUUUCGCAGAUAUUAACUUCCCUUGGAGCUUGCAUGAACAAGAAUCCACGUCUACAUCGGCUCCCAAUUCUAUGAUGAAGCAACUAUCUGUUAAUGACCAAUGUGACAAUGUAAAGGAGCCUAUUCUUGAGGGGAUUUCAGGUUUCGGAAGUUUCGAACAUGACCAAACAUUUGAUCAACACAGGUCAGUAUUGCACUUUGUUCGAUUUCUAUUCUUUGAUUAUUUAAUCGUGUGAUGUUUUGAGUUUAAGCAUUUAAAGGAUUUCAAAGAUCGAAUGAUAAAUUUAAAUAAUUUAUAAAUCUUUGAUUUUCAUUUGUCUGCUAACAUAGCUUGCUCAGCAUUAGGGGAAAAGAAUAGAUUAUGGCUUCAAGCCUUCGACAAAGAUUUGUUUUCUUGAAUGGAUCUUCAUGGCAUUUCCAGAGUAGUUUUGCACAUUGUAAUAUAGUCUACAAUACAUAGAGAAAUGUUAUUCACAAAUAUAGAACAUAGAACUUAAAUGCUGAUCUCGCUUUUUAGUUUUUAAAAAAAAACUAUUUCAAUCUCAAAACCACUCAAUAUUUAUUCCCCAAUGAACCAUCCAUUAAGAAGAAAAGAUAAUGAAACAAAAAGGAAACAGGUUAUAGCAGGGUAAGAGUUGCUCUUCUUUUUCUUUAAUUCUUUCUAUAUUUCGACUAUAAAUUUGACACUUGUUCAUUUCACAAUGAUGAAGCUAUUCAACAAGGGAACAGACUCCAAUUGAAGGAAGAGGGUGAAUCCUUACACAUGCUCGAAGAUAAAGAUCUAAAGGUGUUGCUACUCUGUUUACCUU